AUGUUGUGGCGCGACCUGAAGGCAUGGCAGGUCUUUGGAGCCAAUACCAACGUUGGCAAGACCAUCGUCUCGACGCUGUUGUGUCGGGCUCUCCAGACGCCUGACCAACGGGUGCUGUAUUUGAAACCCGUCUCGACUGGACCCCGGGACGAGGAAGAUGUAGGACACAUCGACACCUUUGUGCCCGGGACGGUCUCGAAGAACAUCUCGCAGUUCUCACGGCCGUUAAGCCCGCAUCUGGCUGCUCAAUUGGACAAAGACCCAUCAAUCCCAAGGUCAGACGCCUCGAUAUUGUCCAGAGUCAAAGCUAUUCUGGGGAAGCAUGUCGAGGCCGGAGGGCGGUAUGCUUUCGUCGAGACUGCCGGGGGCGUCCUCUCCCCCGGUCCUUCUGGCACGGUCCAAGCCGACCUGUACAGACCACUGAGACUCCCCACGAUUCUUGUGGGAGACAGCAAGCUCGGGGGGAUCGCGACCACCAUCUCGGCGUUUGAAUCUUUGCAUGUUCGGGGCUUCGACGUCGACUCGAUCGUGCUGUUCGACGACCCGGAGUGGGGGAACUUCGAGUACCUCGACCGGUAUUUCCGGAACCACGGCAUCUCGACGUUUGCGCUGCCCAAACCACCGGAGAAGCAGCAAGACGGCGAACAAGACAAGCGCGCCCUCUCGAGCUACUACAGCGGUUGGUCUAAAACGGGCGCCGCCCGAAACCUGCUUGACUUGCUCAAUCAAAAGCACUUCUCACGCAUCUCCAAGCUGACGUCGAUGCCCUCCCAGGCGGACGCGGUGAUAUGGCAUCCCUUCCGCCAGCACGGUAUCCCCCACAACAUCAUUGCAAUCGAUUCAGCAUACAAUGACCAUUUCCAAACCUACAACCAAGAAGCCGAUCCGGCGCUCAAGGAGUCGUCCAAGACCACUUCGACUAUGGGCCUUACUCCGCUCGCGGCACAGCCAACCCCGAAACCCCUCCUCACACCUCUCUUCGAUGCAUCUGCGUCGUGGUGGACACAGGGUCUCGGCCACGGCAACCCGAACGUCGCACUGACGGCAGCCCACGCGGCCGGUCGCUAUGGGCAUGUCAUGUUUGCGCACGCCGUCCACGAACCCGCGCUCGACAUAUCCUACAACCUCCUGUCGACCCUGCAGAAUCCGCGGCUGAGUCGAGUCUUCUUCACCGACAAUGGCAGCACGGGCAUGGAGGUUGCCGUGAAAAUGGCACUGCGAGCCUCGAGCCAGCGAUACGGGUGGACCAAGGACGACGACGACGACGGUGGCAAGACACCUGUGGCCAUUUUGGGCCUGAAGGGGAGUUACCACGGCGACACCAUCGGCGUCAUGAACUGCUCCGAGCCCAGUGUGUUCAACGAGAAGGUGGACUGGCAUCAGCCAUGGGGUCACUGGUUCGAUCCGCCGUCGGUCCUGAUGCGGAAGGGCGUCUGGGAACUCACCAUGCCGGAAGAGAUGUAUGCCACGAAUCAGACACAACAGUUCAAAUCCCUCCACGCCCUCUUUGACUUUGAUGCUCGGACAGAGGACGCGAGGCGAUACGAAUCCCACAUUACCGCGACACUUGAACGCCUCGUCCGCGAUCAAGGCAGGCGGUUUGGCGCUCUGAUCCUCGAGCCCAUCAUCAUGGGCGCGGGAGGCAUGAUCUUCGUCGACCCGCUCUUCCAAAGGACGCUCAUCAAAACGAUUCGAGCCAAUCCUCACCUGAUUGCGCCGAAGCAAUUCUCCGAGCACGACGCAGCAGAUGGCCAAGAAGGUGGUAGUAGUGUGGAGUGGUCCGGCCUUCCCAUCAUCGCGGACGAAGUCUUCACGGGCCUCUACCGCCUCGGCCGGUCCAGUUCGUCGUCUUUCCUAUCUUCUCCAUCCGACUUCGCCUCGACGACCGCUACCUCUACCUCUGAAUCUCCCCAGCCGGCUCUGCCGCCCUCCAUCGCGCCCGACAUCUCCGCGCACGCCAAACUCCUCACCGCAGGUCUGUUACCUCUGGCCCUCACCACGGCGAGCGAGUCCAUCUUCAGGACGUUCCUCUCCGACUCCAAAACUGACGCCCUCCUACAUGGCCAUUCCUACACGGCGCACCCUAUCGGGUGCAUGGUCGCCAACAAGGCCUUGGACGAGUACAGACGGAUGGAUUCUAGCAAAGAAGGGGAGGGAAGUUGGAGCCGGUUCAAGCGAGCCUGGUCGGAAGAGACAUCUCUGCUUGGAGAGGAUGCCGUCCCUCAGAAACAGACCAACCCCGACAUCUACUCCUUCUUCCCUCCUUCUCUCCUCCAAGAACUCUCUCACCAUCCCCGCUUGACCGGGUGUUUCGCACUGGGCACCGUCCUCGUCCUAAAAGUGGCCGCCCCUCGAGGUUCAACCGGGGGUUACACUUCGACCGCCUCUGCAGAGCUACAGUCGCGUCUUUUGACGUUAUUGGACGAGGAUGGCUGUGGGAUCCAUUCGCGCGUCUUGGGCGAUAUGAUUUACUUCAUGACCAGUUUGACUACGACGGCGGAGCAAGUUGAUCGACUGGGAAGGACGCUGUUGAGGGCUUUGAAUAUGGAGCCCUAA